AUGCAAUGGUUGAAACUAUUGAUGAUUAUUUCUUUAUUACAACUUGGUACCAGUAAUCCUAUAUAUUCGUCAAAAUAUGAUGAAACUUUACCAUCGAACACUCAACAAAUGACUAACAAUCGUUAUGAGAAUGCUUUCUUUUGUGUAUCGCUACCAUAUCAUCAUCCAAUAUCCGACCACAUUAUAGAAACUUUUGCAUUUCAGCAUUCAAUGAAUCACCGGUCUAAGAUGACAAUGCCAUAUGAUAUUGAGAAUCGUUCCUCAUAA